AUGAGUAGUGGCCACACGUCUUCCAGGCGUUCCAACAGCUCGGACAGCGCGUCCACCGUCGCUGGGCCUGUCAGCGUAGCCGGCACUACCAACGGCUACGGAUUCCGCAGUGCAGGUGGCGAUGCCUUAUCAAUCGAAAUGCAAUUUUUGAACCCCCGGAGACGCUUUCCACUCGCAGAGGAAUAUUUGCCAGAUGUGCAUGUGACGGAGGAACAGGUGGAAGAUCUUCGAGAGACGUGUGAACAGCUCAUCGCCGAUGCUCUUGAGCUCACCAGCAUGUUCGCGUGGGAGGACAGCAACAGCAACGAGCUGGUAGGCGAACACCGCCAACAAUGGAAGGUACACUACCAGCGUCCACACGAGGACGCAUCGGACGCCUCCAAUGGCGGUUUGCGUCAUUACGUCGUGAGUGGACAGAUUCACGACAUGAGUCUUGAAGAUGUCGAGUACGGACUCUACUGCGACGCUACGUUGGAUGAACGUGCCGUAAUGACGGACUUGUAUCGCGAACUCUUUCUUGACGCAGCUGUGCUACGCGGCUUCGAAGCACAGACCCCAGAAGAUCCGUUCCACUUCUUCGGUGUCGAGUGGCUGGCCCAUUUGAGCCCGGCCGACAAGUUCAUCUCACCUCGAGACUUCGCCUUUGUUGAGUAUUCGCAACGUGUAGUCGGUCCUAGGGGCGAGCCGCUACUGGUUAAGGUGCAGCGCUCUCUAGGUCCCGAACACGUCGAUGCCAUGAACCGCCGUGAAUUUGACCUCGUACGAGCUCAGAUGAAUUGCACGACCGUGUAUUGUCAUGACAAACGUGCUAACAAUGUCCAGGUGAUCGCCCGCGGCUAUCUAGAUCCAUGUGGGAGUGCACCGGCUAUUAUGACGCGGUCGUUCUUGACACGUUUAGCACCAACUCUUGUCGAGGUGGGGCACAGCGCUGACGUCAAGUACAUUAUGCGUCACGGACUAGUCCUGCCAAAAGAGCAGUUCUUUGCUCGUCGUAACGCCCUGAAAGCCCGCGGCCGCCACCGCUUACAGUGCACAGCAUGCGGUAAACGCUUUGGUCGUCUAAAGCGGCACUUGACACAGUGCCGUGCGUGUGGUGAAGCAGCUUGUGGUCGGUGUCUCAUGACGUUCACACUGUGUCUUCCACACCACGAGAGUCGUAGUGCUGAGCACCCGAGCGCAGUAAUCCCCGAGCGCUUCUGCCUGCGUUGCUUAUACUCUGGUCGACUUGAUCGUAGGGGCCAGCGUAUGGACGACUUCCUGCUUGGUGGAACAUUGGCUGCAUCCACGACCGUGCCGACCGUCGAUGAUGACGAAGAGAUAGACGAUGACGAUGUAUCUGUGGAGUUUGCGAUGCUCGGCGACGGUCCUGGGGCAAUGUACGCAGCCAUUUCGGAAGCACAACGAUUGCAGCGACUGAAACAGCGGUAUCUGGACAAUGAGAAGCGCAAAUAUCUCGGUGGCCACCAGCAGCGUUCACCAGUGAAUGGCUGCAGCUCCGUAACUUCUGGCUCGAUCUCGUCCGCGCACAAUUCGGCUUCGUCGGCGUAUAGUUCAUUGUCAAUAGGCAGCUCCACGUACUCGUCGGCUGAGGCUGCAGCAGCAGCCACAGCUGCACUGCAGGCCAACGCUGGUUUCCAUGAAAUGGAGCAUUCCAUCGGUGAGCAAGAAGCUUUACUACGCUCGCUACAGAACGAGUACGCCAAGAUGAGCAUGAAUCGAGGCACACGACGAGCGCACUCGAACCCAAGUUUCAACGCACAGGAACUACGCGAGAAACGUCUGGCCGAAUGGCAGGUUACUGAGCGUUUGAAUGCCGUCACAAUGCCGUCGCCAUCGUCCAGCCACUAUUAUGACAUCGAUGACUAG